AUGAUGUUUGGAGCCAUCGUCAGUACUCUCGACCCUUUCGUGACGGUGUCUCAGCUACACAGUCUCGGAACGGCCAAGCCUCUGAUUCUGAUUACAGAGGGCGAGUCUUUGUUUGUUGACGGCACCGCCUUCAUCACAUUUGAAGUGUUUAAAGACCUUGCCACUCAUCUGAGUUUCAUUGAUGCUUCAUAUUUCACUCUGAAACUGGUUCUGAAGGUUUUGGGGAGUCCUCUUAUUGGAUUUAUUAUGUCAAAGAUUGUUACCUUUUGGCUGUCACACAUCUUCGAUGAUGGUCUCGUAGAAAUAACGAUCAGCCUCGCCAUGACCUACAUCACAUUUUAUCUGGCAGCUCAGUGGUUGGGCAUGUCUGGAGUUAUUGCAGUUCUUAUAAUGGGGCUUCUCCUGGACACGGUCACCUUCAGUCCUGAAAUUGAAGUCUUUCUGUUACGAUUCUGGGAGAUGUUGACGUACCUGGCCAACACUCUUAUCUUCUUCGUCAUUGGCAUCGUCAUUGCCCAGGCGUUUCAGAACAUGGCUUUUAGUGACUUUUUAUACAUUCUUAGUCUCUACUGUGCUGUUCAAGCGAUAAGGCUGGUGACAGUUGUUCUGCUUUCACCGCUGCUGUCCCGCUGUGGUUACGGCUUUAACUAUCGCUGGGCCUUGGUUUGCUUCUGGGGGGCAACUAAAGGGGCUUUCUGCCUCAGCCUCACCCUCAUGGCUUAUCAGGCAGAAGGCCUGGACAAGUUUCAAGUUCGAGAAAAGAUUUUAGUGCUUUCCUCCGGAAUGGUCCUUCUCACCCUUAUUGUUAAUGCAACCACAAUGAAUAUGUGUCUUAAAGUCAUCGGCAUGUGUGAUAUUUUAGAGCCUAAACGCCUGGCCAUGAACAGCGCGCUGCUGCGCAUGAAGGAGAACGCUCAGAGCACCCUCAACAUGCUCAAAGGUGACCGGUUUCUGGCCGAUGCCAACUGGGAGAUGGUGAACAUUGAAGAGUUCAGUCCCAGUGCGAGGGUCACCAAGUGUCCAGACUGUGACAGUAGCGUCCGCUUAGCCCCGUCGCCACGGGAACUGGAUGAUAUGAUGGAGGCGGCCCGUGUGCGCAUCCUGACAGCCCUAAAGGAGAGCUACUGGAAGCAGUACAGCUCCGGAAUGCUGAACAGGGAAGCCACAAGGAUCCUCAUCGACACGGCCGAGAUCAUGACCGACCACAAAGGAAAGUUCAUGACUGUGCAGGAUAUAAAGAAGUACUGGGAACCGAAAGGAUUUCUCAUAGCUCUGCAGAAGAAAUUGGAGGACUGGCUCUAUAACGUGAACAUCGAGAAGCUGAGUCCUUCACGGAGUGCCGUUCAGAAGCUGUGCUGCCAGAUUGUCUUCAGUGUCCCCUUUGAGUCUGUCAUUUACGUCUUAAUCCUGCUCAACAUUUUUCCCAUCAUUAUUGAGUUUGUCCCUGUGAGCAGCGAUGAAUACAGCCAGGAGCUCCACGUGGGACUGGCCAUGAGGAAAGCUUACAUUUUGAACCCCUGGAACCAGUUUGAUCUCUUUAUCAUUGUACUGGCUGUUGUAGAUAUUGUCAUUAAUGACUGUGUCGCAAGCUUUAAAGUGCAAAUGAUCAGAAUCGUACGAGUGUCUAAGAUGUUCCGCCUUACCAGAGUCCUGCGUCUGAUUAAGAUUAUUAUUCCCAAGCUGAUAACAUUAGUCGAGCAUCAGAUCCAUAAACAGCUGAGCCUUGGCUAUGACAUCGGAAAAGGCUACAUCCUCGGUGAGGAGGACAUCAGCAAAAUCAUAGACCACAUCGCUGAUGACCAAACAGUCUCUAAGAAACUAAAAGGCAUUCUGGAGAUGAACAGGCAGGUUGCUGUAAAAGAAAUUGGUCUGCUUCAGAGAAACCAUCCGGAGAUAGCCAUCUCAGUGAAGACCAGGCAGGCUGCUCGAGCUGUGCUGAACAGCAAGAGAGAAACCAUCAAAUCACUCAUGUUAUUAGGACUCCUAGACGAAGUGGAAUCCAAGAAACUUAAGAAGAUGAUUGAAAUAAGGAUGAAGAAACUCACUAAGUUUCCUCCGACCAUACCAGCCCCAACACCCGGGAACCUUCUACAGAAUGUGCCAUGGCUCCACAGUGACGUCGCUCAGAUUGAGUUUAUUAAGAAAGUGGCCAAACUGAUGAUUUUUGACUUUGGAGAUAUCAUAAUGCAUGAAAACGACAAACCUCAAGGAAUUCAUCUCAUCGUCUCUGGUGUAGUGAAGGGUCUUGCGAAGGCAUCCUAA